GCCUCCAUCAUCUCAGUCCUUCCUCACUUUGGAAUGUUCGGCGGCUCCUGGGACAUUUAUUCACUGUCGUCCACUGGCUCCAGGAUGCGCCGGCUACACACCCGAUCUUUGUAAGAUCUUACUUCAGCAAUCAAGAGCAGGUUUCUACACUUCAUGGAAACCCAGCGCAACCUCAAAAUGAUACCUCAUAGCGUCAAAAGUCGCUCACCAGUUGGGACCAUAAUCUUCGUAGUCCUCUGUUGUCUCGAUCCCCUCCUUCAAUACGCCGUCCUGGCUCAUGGCUUGUGGGGUCCUUUCCUCGACCUUCUCAACGUCUCUUCUUCAGCUCCGGAUGUGUCCCUAGGCCUAUCCACCAAAUCCCUGAUCCUUCUAGCAAUGACUCUCGGGUCGAUCAUAAAGAAAAUCUACACUAUUCUCUACACAGCAAAUGAAAUAAGGCCCAUAUCCAGCGCAGCGAUCAUCUCAGCCCCGCAACCAGUUUUCACCUCCGCAAAUUCAAUUAUUUCUCUCACUACCGCUAUAUUAUUCUUCACACCAGGAGUUCUCUCCAGUAAUACCAAGUAUGGGAUAUCUCUGGUCUUUAUGUAAGAACUGUUGACUAUAUCAUAAGCUAUCAGGCGAGAUCAUCUCCGACAUACAACACAAGAAGUUUAAAGACGAUCCCAAGGAUACUGGGAAGCUGUAUGCGGUUGGUUUCUUUUAAUUUGCUAGAAAUGUCAAUUAUAGUUCGAAUUUGAUAAGGAGGGUUGUGUAUGCUGUUGCAAGUGGAUGGUGGGUUUAUGGAUUGCUGUGUCUGGUGAUGUUUGCCGGGCAAAUUUUGAUGAUGGGUGUGCCGGUUGUGGAUAGGUAUUGUGCGAAGAGGGUGAGCUUUCCCCCAAUGGUGGUG